AUGGAACCGACAUUGUUUGAUGAAUUGUAUGAUCAGGUCGAUGUUUUUCUUUUGAAAAAGAAUACCAACAUGAGGGAUGCUAUUUCACCAUUUGAGAAACUAUGUGUAACUCUGCGAUUUCUUGCAACUGGAGCAUCAUAUAAAGAUCUUUCUUACUCAUUCAGAAUGUCAACUUCUACAAUAUCAACAUUUGUUCCAAUUGUGUGCAAAGUAAUCUAUAAUGUUUUGAAAAAAGACUUCUUACAGCCCCCUACAACGCAUGCACAGUGGAAACAAUUAGCAGAAGAAUUUUCUGAUUUGUGGCAGUUUCCUCAUGCAGUUGGUGCCAUAGAUGGAAAGCACAUUAAUAUAAAAGCACCACCCAAUACGGGUUCAGAAUAUUUUAAUUACAAGAAGUACUCAAGUAUUGUUUUGCUUGCUAUUGCUGAUGCAAAGGCAAGGUUUGUAUCAUUUGACCUUGGUGCACCAGGAAGUAUGUCAGAUGGUGGAAUCUUUAAACAUGAUUUCCUUGAAUGUAUAUGCAAAAGCAAUGUUUUUCUAAUGCCCUCGAAAUUGGGAAAAAGACCCAACAAUGUCCCAUAUUUUCUUUUAGGUGACGAGGCUUUUGCAUUAAAUGUUAAUUUAAUGAAACCUUAUCCUCAUAGGUCGGCAAUGGGGGAUGAAAAGGUGUUUAAUUAUCGUUUAUCGAGGGCUAGGCGAAUUGUCGAGAAUGCUUUUGGUAUUCUCUGUGCCAGGUUUAGAGUUCUUUUAAAGACAUUGGAAUUAAAUGUUGAAAACGUUAUAGAAGUGAUUCGUGCAUGCCUAGCCCUUCAUAAUUACCUUAUAUCAAGAAAUGAUACAAAUUAUGCUCCUGCUGGAUAUUUGUAUGAUGAAGAUGAAAAUUGUAUUGUAAUGCAUGGUGCAUGGAGAAAGGAAGUUGACAAUACAUGCACAAUCACUGAUUUAUGCAGUCAUCCAAGUGAACGGUCUUCUACAUUGCAAGCUAGAGCUGUUCGUGAUGACAUGAAAGAUUACUUUUUUGAAGAAGGUGCUGUUCCAUUUCAAUGGAAGAUGACUGAAUGA